AUGUCCCAAUACGACCUCAUCGGAGCAUCGUAUAACGUUGUCGAAAACCUUCCUUAUAGAGCCGUUGAAAAGUACAAUGUAUACAUGGCCAUCAAACCAUUGCUUAAGCCAGGUACAUCUGUUAUCGAAUUUGCAUGUGGUACAGGAUUCUAUUCAUCACACAUUCUUACUUGGGGUGCUGCAUAUGUGACUGGCAUGGAUAUCUCGCCCGCGAUGCUGGAAAGUGCGACAAAUCGAUUACCAUCACAAGUUGCUUCCGGAACUGCGCGAUUUGUAGUCGGAGAUGGUACAAUGUCGACAUCAUUCGCCCCCGAUGAUAGUUACGGGCAUUUUGAUUUGGCUUUUGGGGCCUGGUUUCUCAACUAUGCUCCGAGCAAAGAGAAAUUAAUAGCUAUGUUUGAGAGUAUCUCUCUCAAUCUCAAAUCAGGUGGUGUAUUUGUGGGAGUUGUUCCGCACCCAACGGAUGACCUAGCAAAACGAGCAGAGGAUUACAAAAAUGCUUCCCUGAAUCAAUUCUUCCCGCGCAACGAAUAUUUAGAUGAGUUGGACUCAGGUGACGGUUGGAGGUUACGGGUUUUCUUAAGUAACGAUGGGGUGGACUUUAUGACUUGGCACAUGAAAAAGAGUGUGUAUGAAGAAGCUGCAAGGCUCGGUGGCAUGAAAGGCAAACUGGAGUGGAGAAGAGAGACACUAGGUAGAGAGGUCCAGAGAGAGCAGUUUGGUUUGACAGCUGAUGAAUGGCAAGUGAGAGUGGCAAACCCUCAUUGCGGGAUAUUGUUAGUUUGGAAAGACUGA